AUGCUUUCAAAUUAUAAGAUGGGUUCAAAGAUACACGUAUUUGGAAUGCAGUUAUUAUUAGAAAAACCUACCGAUAUUUUAGAAAUUAAAGAUGAUUUCUGUCCACUAAAAUUAUCAUUUAACGGUAUUAAAAUUUGUAACACUAAAACCCCACUUGGCAAAAGUAAAAAAAUAUCAUUUUUAAACAAAAUAAGGAAUAUUCAAAUUAAUGGAGAUGUUGUUAGUUGUUUAAUUGUUAAAGUUGAAAAAAUAAUAGAAGAUAAAUUUUUAAUUAUAAUUGAUAAUUAUAGAAAUAGAGUUGAUGAUAUUGAAAAAGAGAUGGAAAAGGUAUUGGAAUUGGCUCGUAAAGCUAAAAAAGUUAUUAGAAAUGAGGAAGUUAUUAUUAAGAGGUAUGUGAAGAUGAAAGUAUCUGAUGACACCGGUGAAUGUUUACUUACUUGGUGGAAUCCACCAGAAAUUAUUAAGAUUGGUUAUACAUUUCAGUUUGUAUAUUUAAUUCCAUAUUUAAAUUCAAUGGGUCUCCACUUAAAUACAACUAGAAAAACUUAUGCUAUAAAGAAAAAAUAA